GCGUGGUUUCCAGGGAGGGAAAAGUUCCCCUGUAGUUCGCGCGCUGACAGGCUGCAGCACAAACACAACAUGGAGGUGGAAAUGAUCGAGGCAGACUCUGAGAGGAAGCCGGCAGACAGCGGGCAGAAGGCGGACAAAGAAGGCGGGGAGACCUCGGGGAAAAGCUCCGGGACUUCCUACGAGCUGCCCUGGGUGGAGAAAUACCGACCCCUGAAACUGAACCAGAUCGUGGGGAACGAGGAGACGGUGAGCCGGCUGGAGGUGUUCGCCAGGGAGGGGAACGUCCCCAACAUCAUCAUCGCAGGUCCUCCGGGGACAGGGAAGACCACCAGCAUCCUGUGUCUGUCCCGGGCUCUGCUGGGAGCCUCCAUGAAGGACGCGGUGCUGGAGCUCAACGCCUCAAAUGACAGGGGGAUCGACGUGGUGAGGAACAAAAUCAAGAUGUUCGCUCAGCAGAAAGUCACGCUGCCCAAAGGACGACACAAGAUCAUCAUCCUGGACGAGGCUGACAGCAUGACAGACGGAGCUCAGCAGGCUCUGAGGAGGAUCAUGGAGAUCUACUCCAAGACGACGCGCUUCGCCCUCGCCUGUAACGCCUCGGACAAGAUCAUCGAGCCGAUCCAGUCUCGCUGCGCCGUGCUGCGGUACUCCAAACUGACGGACGGGCAGAUCCUGGCCCGGCUGCAGGAGGUGGUGGAGAUGGAGCGUCUGUCUGUGUCUGAUGACGGUCUGGAGGCGGUCAUCUUCACCGCUCAGGGAGACAUGAGACAGGCGCUGAACAACCUGCAGUCCACCAACGCCGGCUUCGGGUACAUCAACAGUGAGAAUGUGUUCAAAGUGUGCGACGAGCCCCACCCGCUGCUGGUGAAAAGCAUGCUGGGACAUUGCGUGGAGGGGAACAUCGACGAGGCCUACAAGGUGGUGGAGCAGCUGUGGGCGCUCGGUUACUCUCCAGAGGACAUCAUCGGGAACAUCUUCAGGGUCUGCAAGACGUAUCAGAUGGCCGAGUACCUCAAACUGGAGUUCAUCAAGGAGAUCGGUUACACUCACAUGAGGGUGACUGAAGGAGUGAACUCCCUGCUGCAGAUGGCCGGUCUGCUGGGUCGACUCUGCAGUAAGACGGCGCCCCCUGCUGCCAGCUGAACACAAUAACACCACCACCUGCUGCUCCUGCUGCUGCCUCCUCCUCACAGACAUUUAAAACAUCCAGUAAUCGGAGCUUCAGUGUGUUCCAGCUUCAUCUGCUGCUCUCGUUUCACCCUGACGUCACAGUUUAAUAAUGUAAAAUGACAAUUAAACUUUUUCUUUCGUAAGA